UCCAAAAACCCUCUACAGCUGCUCAUAUGACACCCACACACCGCAUCAAACCUUCGUAAUUUUCUCUCCAUCCAAACACGCCCUUAUCUCUUUCCCUACAAAAAUCUCACAGUCCCCACACUUCCACGGGAACCAAACAAACCCUAAUCAGUCUCAAUAGAAAUGCCUUUUUAGCCUUCAAGACGUCAGCUUUAUAGGGUUUAUUUUAUCAAUUCCACCUCUCGCAAAUGAUAUCUUUUGAAUCAGACGCUAAAAAAUCGAAUGAAGAGGAAGAAGAAAAAACUAGGGUUUCUGAACAGGAAGGUAACAAUGUUAGGGUUUCUAAGGUUGAAGAAGAGGAAGAAGAAGAAGGAUCUAGGGUUUCUGAGUUGAGAAGUGAAAGCAGUAUUGAUUUUGAAGAGAGAGAGCAGAAUAACAGGUUAGCGGUAGGGGAUUAUAAAUCUUUAUGGAGUGAAUUUGAUGAUUUUGUUGCUAAUGAGAAGAAUGAAGCAAUGGAAGGUACGUCUAGGGCAUUAAGUUAUGGUUUUGAAGUUGGUGAUAUGGUAUGGGGGAAAGUGAAAUCGCAUCCGUGGUGGCCGGGGCAUAUAUUUAAUGAGGCGUUUGCUUCGUCUUCGGUGAGGCGGACGAGGAGGGAAGGUCAUGUGUUGGUUGCGUUUUUUGGGGAUAGUAGUUAUGGUUGGUUUGAUCCGGCGGAGCUUAUUCCGUUUGAUGCGAAUUUCGCAGAGAAAUCGCAGCAGACGAAUUCGAGGACUUUCAUUAGGGCGGUAGAGGAGGCUACAGAUGAGGCUAGUAGGAGGAGUGCACUUGGUUUGGCUUGUAAGUGUAGGAAUAAGUAUAAUAUUAGGCCUGGGAAUGUGGCAGGGUAUUUUGCAGUGGAUGUGCCGGAUUAUGAGCCAGGAGGGGUUUACUCGGUGAAUCAGAUUAUGAAGGCAAGAGAUGGGUUUAAGCCGGGUGAAGCUCUUGCUUUUGUGAAGCAGUUGGCUGCGGGGCCUCAUGCGUGUGAUCAGGAUGGUCUUGAAUUUAUUAAGAAUAAGGCUAGGGUUUCAGCAUUUCGCAAGGCUGUGUUUGAAGAGUUUGAUGAGACAUAUGCACAGGCAUUUGGAGUUCACAAUUCACGGCCUUUGAAUGAUACAAUUAAGGUUUCAAAUCAGCUUGCUAAAGAGCCAACUCGAGCUCCUUUAAGUGGUCCAUUGGUGAUAGCUGAAGCUCUGGGUGGUGAGAAGAGCUCAAAAAAACCUAUAAAAGUCAAGGAGCAUUCAAAAAGGGACAAAUAUCUCCUUCAGCGAAGAGAUGAGCCAAAUGACCCGGGAACUUUUGAAAUUGGCCAAAGGCAAGCAAGUUCAUCAUCCCCAGCAAUUCACGUGGAGGGUUCAUUAGCAGCAGAAGCUGGUGAUUAUGUGUUGCAAAAAAGAGCUCCAGCACCCCACAUUUCAACAAAACAUGAACAAUCUCCAUUCAUAACCAGAGAAGGUGUUGAUUCUAGUGAAGAUGGUGCUGGCAAAGCAGCAUUAGUUUCAGAUCAGGCUCCAGGAUAUGGUGGUGCUAGUUUAAAUGCAAAGCCAUCUCUUGAUAACAAGGAUGCUGUGAAAGAAAUAAAAGGUGAGCCAGGAUCUGAUGUGGCUGACAAUCUGAAAAGUGUGGGGUGGUCUGAUUUGCCUGGGAAGGAGCAGCUUAAGGGUGUUUCAGGUUGUACAUCACCAACCUUUCAGGAACAGGAGGGUAUAGUUGACCUUAAAUAUGAAGAGAGUGAAAAAGCAUCCAGAUCGAAUGAACUUUCUCAGCAAACUGAACUAAACUUUUCUGCAAGAGCUGAAGGAGACAGUGGAUUGAGUAAAGUUCAGGAUGGUGGCCCUGGCUCACAUCUUUCACCACUUAAUGCCUCGCAAUCUGGUGGAACGAAUACUGGUAGUGGAGUGAAGAAGGUUAAAGUCGUUAAACGACAUACAGGGCUCCUCAGCUCUGAGACGUCUAUUAUGGGGGAGAAAAAGAAGAAAAAGAAGAAAGAGUUGGGAGCAGAAACUAAUCCUGAUCAUCCGAAGAAGCGGUUGGCCACUGGAAAAGGUGGGGUAGCGGGAAUCUCAUCUGGAAAGUCCACUCAAAUCAGUAUGUCUCCUGGAGAGGAUUUUCAGCUUAACGGUCAGCAGAAAGAUGUUGGCACCAGCAAUACCUUGCCCAACAGUAUUGAGCUUGAGCUACCCCAGCUACUGAGUGAUUUGCAAGCUCUAGCUCUUGAUCCCUUUCAUGGUGCAGAAAGAAACAGCCCUUCAGUUACAAUGUCUUUCUUUCUGCGAUUCCGGUCCCUUGUUUACCAGAAAAGCUUGGCUUUAUCAUCACCAUCUGAGACUGAGCUUGUUGAAGCUCGUGGCGCUAAAUCCUCUUCCAAUAUCGGGGCUUCUGACUAUUCUGCCAGUGAGAAUUCCAGAGGUUUGACAUCUUCAAAACCAGCAAAAUCCCUUGCCAGACUUGAUGAUCCAACAAAAGCUGGACGGAAGCGGUUGCCAUCUGAUCGCCAGGAAGAAAUUGCAGCAAAAAGGUUGAAAAAAAUUACUCACCUGAAGUCAUUGGCUUCUGGGAAGAAGGCUGGACAGAGAAGUUUGGAUAUGCAGCGAGUAGAAGGAAAGGAGCCAGUGGCUACCCAGCGAGCGGAAGGAAAGGAACCCCUGGCUACCCAGCGAGCGGAAGGAAAGGAACCCCUGGCUACCCAGCGAGCGGAAGGAAAGGAACCCCUGGCUACCCAGCGAGCGGAAGGAAAGGAACCCCUGGCUACCCAGCGAGCGGAAGGAAAGGAACCCCUGGCUACCCAGCGAGCGGAAGGAAAGGAACCCCUGGCUACCCAGCGAGCGGAAGGAAAACUGCCUGCCACUACCCACCGGCCUGAAGGCAAACACCCAGUGGCUCAAGCUCCUAGAAAGUUUGUUAAACCAGAUUCUUAUAAAAAGAUGGAGCCUCCAGUUAGAGCUAAUGAGCCCACCAUGUUGGUGAUGAAGUUCCCUCCUGAGACAUCGCUUCCAUCUGCUGCACAGCUGAAGGCAAAGUUUGCUCGAUUUGGGUCGAUAGAUCAGUCCGCAAUCCGUGUCUUUUGGAAGUCAUCACAAUGCCGUGUUGUGUUCCGGAGAAAGCUUGAUGCACAGGCAGCUCUCAGAUAUGCUGUUGCUAACAAAUCCUUGUUUGGCAAUGUGAAUGUAAGAUACAACAUCCGGGAAGUGGGCGCCCCUGCAUCUGAGGCACCUGAAUCUGAAAAAAGCAGAGGUGAUGACACUUCUGUUGAUGCCACGCAGGCCAAGGAUCCUCUGGUGGAACGACAAGCAGCAGCAUUUGCACACCAGCCUCCUUCACAGUCAGCAGGCCAGCUGAAAUCGAUAUUGAAGAAACCAAAUGGAGAAGAAGCAGUACCAGUACCUGGUGGUAAUGGUGGUAGAGGAACACGUGUAAAAUUCAUUUUGGGUGGGGAAGAAACUAAUAGGGGAGAGCAAAUGAUGGUUGGUAAUAGAAACAACUUCAACAACAAUGCUAGUUUUGCAGAUGGUGGUGCUCCUACUACUACUACUGUUGCUAUGGAUUUUAGUAGUAAGAACUUUCAAAAGGUUAUUCCUCCAUCUCCAUUGCCUAUCCUUCCCCUUCCUCCUCAAUUUGCGAAUGACCCACUUAAUAAUUCACACCAUCAUACUGAAGUACCACCCAGAAAUUUGCACAAUUUCAUUACUCCUCCAAGCUCUGGACCUAGUACACCAAGCAUAGAUAUCUCUCAGCAGAUGCUGAGCCUUUUGACAACAUGCAACGAUCUUGUCACCUCUGUGUCAGGCUUGUUAGGCUAUAUGCCGUACCACCCUCUUUGACAACAAAUAUGGGCCGAUACACGCAACUCUCAUCAAAGGAUUGGACUACAUGACAAACAAAAAAAAAAAAAAAAAGCCAGCCAUCUCCUCCAAAGCUGCACGAUUGCUCUUGGGUAUGAAGCAAUUGAGACACAAUCGACAUGGCCGCCCAAAAUUUUCUCGUGAGAAGCAGCAACUGAAACUUAUGGACAUGGGGUCUUUCUUGCUGGGUGCCAUUUAAGCAAAUCCAUCACGAUCAAGUUUGGUGUAAAACUAUGUAGUUUUGAGAGUGGACUAGUCAAGAAUUUGUACCAGUGCCAUCCUUUUGCUUUUGGGCUCUUUUUCCCCCUUUAUUUUGUCUCACGUUGUACCUGCUUAUGGCAUUUCCAUUUGGUGCCCGUUUGCCAGCGCGGUCCACUGUAAAUGCACCUGUCAAAAACAAUGUAUUUGUCGCGGUGCAUAACGCCGAUCAUCAUGUGCUUGAUCUGCAUGUGGUGAGAGCUCGUACCAAUUUGCUCGGUGCCUCUUCCUGUUAGAUAGCGACCUGCCCAUGGCACUGAAUUCGUUUUAUAUAGUCCACCGAACGUCUAUGGUCGCACCCAAAAUCUAAUGAUUAUUUUCUCCUAUAAUAAAUUA